GUCGCCUGUGCUCCGAUUCUAGCGGAUAAGCUGGGAGUGCCCGGAGCCAGGCCACGACUGAAGCCAGACAGCCGAGCAGUCUCCUCGGAGUGUCUGUCUUUCUUUGCCCGAGCCGAAACCGGCUGCCAGCAGCAGUCCCACCGUAGAAGAAACUUCUUUUAAAAGCGCGGCUCAAACUGUCUCUUAAGAGUUAUUUUCUUCACGUAAAAAUGCCCCAUUACUCAAGGCAACGUUCAUCAAAGCCAUUCCUGGUCUCUUCAGCAUUCUGCUAGCGACGAAAAGAAAUCCCAUGUAUGUUCCACAAAACAAAAAGGACACAACCGCUGACACCAUGACAACCAGUGGUUGCAUGACAAUCAACCAUGACCCUGUGGACAGAGCAGACUGCUGGGCUCAAGUUAUCACCCAAGGGUUGCCAUUAUAUAUCUGUGUCUAGCCUGCAAAUAAUCCAAACAUAACAGUGGAAAAAGUAAUGCAAAGAAGUGAAGCAGCUGAAGGAAAACCACAGCAUGGACAAAGGAUGAUUUUUACAGGCCCAGAUGGAAUUGGAGACUACAGGCCAAGAUCAAAUUAUUUCCCCCGGUACAUCGGUGUGGGCGCCUCAUCACCUGAGGCCACAGGUGACCUCAGUUACUUGUGCCGAGCUGCACCACAUGCCCCACCUCCCAUGCCCAAGCAGAGCUAUGUGGGGGAGGUUGGCUGGGGCUGGCAGUAUAAUCAGCUGUUGAACAGCGGGACGCUGCACAGCAAUAUGCAAAUUAAGAAAACUGAGUUACGGACAGCUUUGGAAGACAGAGUGACUCAAAGGUUCCAGAGUGAACAAAAGAACAUGACGAAUGACUCACUCCAAGUCAACACCAAGUUCCACAGAGACAGUCAGAGCUAACAGCAGAUGGCAUUCUACUACCCACGGCGGAGGACCUGACUGUUAAUGAGAUGUGUCAUGUGUGA